CGCAUAGCAUUUAAAAGGUCACUUGCUUUUAAGACACGAAUAUUCUUAUGAUUUUUAACCAAUGAAAUGGUUCCCCGACAGAACCAUGUCUUACCCUGCGAAAAAUGAGCAAUUCAUAACUUAAGUUUUGAGGCACCGAUAUACAUUUUCAUAAUUUUAAAAGAAGAGGAUGGUACACUGAGAGAGUAAUGUCUUUCUUCGCUCCUAUCCAUUUAGGUCCACCUCCACGUCGUGCGAUGUCAAAUGGUAAGUAGUAUUCAAAGACUGCUUGUUGCAGUAAACUUGGGGAGAAUGCAACUUAAUUAAAAGACAAAAAGCGUAUUGCGUUUAUAACGUUCAACAUGAAAAUUUGUUGAGAAUUUCUUAUUCUAAUUACCAUUGAACAAAAAAAACAAGGUUGAUGACUUCAUGUGGUUUGUGCUAUGCUAAGAAUAUUGUAAGGAGCAGUUUGCAUAAAAACCUCAAUCCAUUCAACAGUGGCCUGUAAGGGGAAUCAUCUUCCGCGACCUCAUGCUAUUUGACUGCGACUUUUUUUUCACACGUGACUUCUUCUUGAGUGCCUUAAGAUUGCUUCUUGCAGUAAACUUAUGGAGAAUGCAACCUAAUUAACAGACAAAAAACGCAUUGCGUUUACAAGUUUGAAUCGAGUUAGAUGAAGAUCAUACAAUGAGAGAAAAGUAUAAUUUUUUCUAAAUUAAAACUUAAAGGAGGUCUAAACUGACCAAAAAUUCAUUUGGUUUUUUAAGACACCAAUAUUCUUACGAUUUUUAAACAAUGAAAUGGUACCCUGACAGAACCAUGUCCUUCUCUGCAUCUAUCUCUCUAAAUGAAAGUUCCUCUAUCUUUGAAGAUGUUAUUCACUCUACUAGAGUCUAUGAGGGUAAGUUGUAUUUAUAAACGACUUCUUACAGCCCGAAACCGUAACCUGCAAACGCUUUUUUCAAGCUUUUUUGAAAGACGCAUGAAAUGCAGAGCAUCGUAAUAUGAGAACAAAACAAUUGGAAAAUGUCGCAAUUAUGUAUCUGCCGAAACGUCCAACAUGAAAAUUUGUUAAGAACUCGUUACUCUAACCACAAUUGAACAGAAAAAAACGAUUUUGAUGACUUCAAAUGAAUGUUGUAAGGGGCUGUUUGCAUAAAAACUUCAAUCCAUUCGACGAUGGCUCGGAAGGGGAAUCGACUUCCGCGACUUCUUGCUUUUCGACCGCCGCCUUUUUUUUCUAUUCGCGACUUCUUCUUGAGUGCCUUAAGACUGCGGGCUCACCUAAAAAAGCGGUCAGAAAAUGCGAUGCAGGAAGAUAAUCUGGAAAAACACAAUGACAGUCCAGUGGAAAAGAAAACAAAGAUCAAGAUGGCUGCAAAAAAAGCACACCCAUUGAGUAUUCUUUUUUAAAUGGCCACCCAGCAGUCCACUGCAAAAUACAAUAAAAAUUAACAGAUUGAUAAUAAAGCGCGGGUUUUGAAAAAGUCGCUGAUGGAGAGAAGAAUUGCGUAUGGAUAAAAAGAGAAGUAAAAUUAGAAAAAAGGGGUCGCGAGAGAAAAAAAAAAAAGAAGUCGCGGAAGAAAGAAAUAAUUCGUAGAAGAAAAAGUCUUUUUCCCGUCGAUUUUUUUUUGAACUUGCACAUCUUGGCCGGGAAAAGGAGGCUAUUUAUUAUCUAACUGAGAAAGGAAUUAGGCUCGGUGGAAGCGAGAGUGGGAGAGCUUCUCUCUACUACAUUAUUUCUUGUUACACCCCAUCAGUAGGCUAAUUAUUUUUUAGUUCCUGGAAUUCGGAAGAGAACGUUUGGUAAAUACCAAUUGACCACUUUGGGCUCGUGUUUUUGGAUUGGACCUCCUCGCUGUCCACUGUAAUUCCGAAAAAAAAAACAUUAACAAUGGAACCGGUAAUAACUUUAGGACUGUCGUAUAUAUUCUUUUCCUCUUAGGUUAUCUUGGUUUCAAGGAAGAAGAAGGUUACAAGGCCAAUCUUGUCAACGCCGUUGAAUCGGAUCCAGAAUGGAGAUCAGGUGGAACAACAUUACAAGGCCAAAGCACACAACGGUUUAUCAAGGCUGAACCAAUCAGAGUGGAUCCUUCAAAGAAGAUUGAGUUGGUUCUCAGGCUUGUGGCAAGGUAACACUUAAGUAUGCGUUUUGAGGGCAAGUGAACUGUUUCAAAGUAUUUGAUGCAUUAAUAGUUUUAAUUUAGAUCUGCUACGGUCCGGAAGAUAGUUUUUUAAGCUUUACUCUAAUUAAUAAUCAGUCAUGGUUAACUUUUCGCGGACGCUUUGCAUGGUUAACGACCGUAUGGACAAAAAUCACCUCGCUAGGGAUCAAAUUUACGCCUUUUUCAUCCAAAACAAUCGAUGGAAAGCAACCUUAUUUUUAUUUUUUUUGUUUUGGGUGUCACAUUGUGCAACUUGUUCUCCAACAAGCUUCUUUUGAAUCAUAAGGAUCGCUAACUGUAAAGAACCUUUUCUCACUCUUACUCUGCGGGCCAACAAGCCUCUCAACUAAGGCUAAACACCAAAAUUUAUUGAACCAGCUUGGCUAGUAUUUUUAUGUUGGGUAUCGUGAAGGGGUCCACAGAUACAAGAUGAGCUUCCGAUGUCGUUUUGUUGUGUUGUCUAAAGCAAUUUGUUUCCUUUUUGGGUAUUUCUUUGUUUUCAGAGAGGGAGAAGAAGGUCUCAAGUUCCCCGAAGGCAAGUGCACUCCGUUGUCAACUCUGAUUCCACCAGCUGUCCAAGAGUAGAGCAUAGACUGGGUCGGUGUCUAUGCAAUGAUUGACUGUUAGAUAGCUUUAGAUAGAGUAACCUACAGAGUGACUACUGGAUUCACUUUGACGAACUUAUGUCUAAACUGGAUAGUUGUGAAAAUAAACCACAUCGCGCUGAUUUUGUACGACCACCUGGUUAAAGACCGUUGAAAAUAAGUUGCAUUACUUAAGCUAGUCGUGGUCAAAAACAAACAAACAAACAGUGGAAAAGUUUGAGGCAUGUUUCUGCUAUUUUUUCUCUCUGACUCUCUGGUGUGGUUAUUUUAUUUUGUUAUCUGAAAAUAGUCAAAUCAGAGGAACGUGAAAGGAUUUCAUCAGUGUGCCUUUCGCUUUACAUGAAUGUUCAUCUAGUAAUUUUCUUAGAAAUGUGAUCGAAGAAAUGACUCGAAAAACUGAUGUAAAAAUAGCUCUAUUAUGGGCACAUUGGCAAAAUAGUCCUUAUAAUGAACGAGCCAGUUAGAAUACUAUAUAAGCGCCCUAUAGCUAUGGAUCACAGCGAAGAUGCACGCCGCGCGCUUAACUUCCAAUGUAUCAUCAGUGAUGUGAGGUUUGUGUUUUUCGAGAACAGCAUAGAGUAAAUUGAAACUGAGAAAUUUUGUUCGUUAUGUAUUGUACAGUAACUCUGUUAUGAACUGUAACAGUUGGGAAGCACUUUGUUGCUUUAUAACAUCAUUCCUAAAUCGGUGGAAUGAAGGUAAUCUUGCAUAAUUUUGUUUUAAAUCGAUUUACAUGAUGUACACGUUGUACCAAAAGUUCUCUUUUUAACAUUUUUAAAUUUAUUGACUCUCUGAAUAUUUGCAAAGUAAUGAAAAUCAGAUCAAGAGGAUCUUCGUGUACUGUUUGUAUGUGACCUGAGUAAUUUCCUUUUCAACUAAAGAAAAGUGCCAGUGUUUAAAACUGCUAUACAAGGUUGAAUGUGUUCGAUAAUGUUGAUAUAAAUCUAUGAUCGUGCGAUCGUACCGAGCCGCCAUAUUUGUUUUGCUAGUCGACAUUUUCAAAGCUCGCGCCACAUUUCCGUCCAGAUCUCGCGCGGUCAAAAAACCCGAUUCGUCACCGGCGAUGAGGGACCAACAACCUGUAGUACAGCUAUGUCAACCCCAUGGAUACUGAGAAG